UGUCCAGCGUGUAAAACCGUGUUUCCUUCUAAACUUACAAACUCUCCCUGCUCUUCCUUCCACUCGCUGCUGACGAGGCGAGUUCGGAUCGCAUGUAACCGGUGCUGGAACCGAUUCAGCAUGUAAAGUUCGCCAGCUCCUCAGUGGCGGAGCAGAGCAGAACUCGCUGGGACGUCCCUGCCCCUGAAUCCUGCAGCGUACGUCGAUGACUGAUUAUCUCCGCUGAGACUCACGAGCGGAGGCUCAGUGGGUAGGCGUUCUCUUGCCUGGAAAGUGUUGUUUUAUUUGUUCUCUGCGCAACCGAGCGCACUUUCUUAACUCUUUCACUCACGCCUGGCCGAAACAGAGGAAAUGUCGCACUUGUUAAUGAUGAAUGAUCAUGCACGCUCGGAUCCCGCGGACACUUACGUGUGUCCGACCACCGCCGAGCUCAGCAAGGCGGUGUCAGUGUCCCUGGGGCUGGAUCCGGCGUCUUCUCCGCCCAACAACCCGAGCCACUGCUCCGGCGGCGGCUUUCCGGACUGUGAAUCCUCCGCCGCGGGGAACGGUACUUCUUCCCGGGCGGUGUCGGAGUUCGGAGCGGCCGCCCACGCGAGCUCGCUGACGGAGGACGACUUUGGAAAAGUGUGCCACGGCAUCCAGCAGGUGAGCUGCAUGGAUAUGCUCAGAGCGGGCGAAAUCUUGGAAGGGGCGCACGGCUCGGUGACGCACGGCCCGGUGAUCUCCAGAUACGUCUGCAAGGAGUCAAACUUGUUCGCGAGCUCCGUGAUGGAGCUGCCCGCGUCCUCUCACGGGGACGAGCUCCUGUCCUUUCAGAAGCACUACUCUGCCUUCACCGACCACCCGAACCUGCACAGGGACUCCCCGGGUGUGUGGUGCGCCAACGAGCGCGCAUACGGCGGCCGAUCCGAGCAGGAUAGAGGCGGAUCCGCCGGACAUAACUUGUUGGGUGAAUUCUGUAAUUGUGGGCAAACCGGUCUCGGAUCCCGACAGGAAUGCCACUGUGUCUGGUAUGGAAAAGGUGAGCUGCAGCGUGGCAGAGGAGGCAUGCGUGGCGCGAUGGCACAAGGAUAUGGCCAAGUGGAAAGAUACCACAGUGCAAUGGCUCAAGGACAAGCCACUUUCCCCACUAUCAAGACGGAGCCGUCUGUGUGGGUGGACUGCUCAGAUCGCACUUUCAGGCAUGACAAUUUAUUUCCAGGUGUGUACCUGUCUGACAGAAGAGUGUGUCAGGUGUGCAGCGACGAUGCCUCUGGUUGUCACUAUGGAGCAGUCACCUGUGGCAGCUGCAAAGUGUUCUUCAAGAGGGCUGCUGCAGGUAAGCAGAACCACCUGUGCGCCAGCCGGAACGACUGCACCAUCGACAAGCUGAGGCGGAAAAACUGCGCCUCCUGCCGCCUUAAGAGAUGCUUCAUGUCGGGAAUGAGCCUUAAAGGUCGCCGGCUGAAGGGAGCUGCACAGACGAGGAACGGAGAGGAGGAGCAACCUUUCACCGCCUGGGGGACCGGAGACAGACGAGAGAGGACAGGGAAGAAAGAUGUAAUCUUGGAUCCCGGAAGUACAGCUGCCCGGGCUCAAGGUGCGUCCCAGGCCCUGGCUCUAAGCAUCCCCCCGACCCUGCGCUCCUGCCUAUCGCUGCUCAGCAUCCUGCAGGGCAUCGAGCCAGCUGUGGUCAAUGCCGGACAUGACCACGCGCAGCCAGACAGCCCUGCGUCCCUACUCACCAGCCUCAAUGAGCUCGGGGAGAGACAGCUGGUAACGGUGGUGCGUUGGGCCAAGGAAAUACCAGGUUUCCGUGACCUGCAUGUGGAUGAUCAGAUGUCAGUGAUUCAGUUGUCAUGGAUGGGGGUGAUGGUGUUCGCUUUGGGCUGGAGGUCGUACACACUUACUAACAGCUCCAUGCUCUACUUUGCUCCAGACCUAGUCUUCAAUGACAAUUGUCCUCCCCCUUCCUGUAUUUCUCUCCGUCUGACCCUUUCUUGGCUUCUCACCUCGUCUUGCAUUUCGCAACUUGUGCUCCUUCUUUCUCUUCUCAUGCUGUUUUUUUCCCCCCCUUCUUCUCUACCCAAAUCCCUUCCUCACAGCCACCGGAUGCAAGUGUCCAGUAUGUAUGAACACUGUGUGAGAAUGAAGCUGCUCUCCCAGAGGUUCUGCAUGCUGAAGGUCACCCAAGAGGAGUUCCUGUGCAUGAAGGCCCUGGUCCUCUUCAGCAUCAUGCCAGUGGAGGGUCUCAAGAGCCAACGUUGUUUUGAUGAACUGCGGACCUCCUACAUCAAGGAGCUGGACCGUUUGGCCAGCCACAGCGGAGAGACCACCCGUACACAGAGGCUGUUUCAGCUCACGCAGCUGCUGGACUACCUCCAGUCGGUCGUGAGGAAGCUGCACCAGUUCACCUACGAUCUCUUCAUCCAAGCUCAGUCCCUGCAGACGCGCGUCAACUUCCCAGAGAUGAUCUCGGAGAUUGUGAGCGUGCACGUGCCCAGGAUCCUCUCCGGCAUGGUCAAGCCCAUCCUUUUCCACAAUGCUGUCUAGAGUUAGAAAGAGAGAGAGAGAGAUAGAGAGAUAGAGAGAGAGGGAGUCCCUACACCUAGUCCUCUGAGAGAGGAUUCAUGAUUUGACGAGGUGAAAGAAGUAUAAGCCCUUCUUUACAGCGGGGCUACGAGUGGGUUUUAACAGAAGGGAAUACAGCACAUUCUUCCAGCCUAAUCUAAUCUAGUUACAUCUACUCUGUUCUUCUCGCUGCCUGUUCUCUGUGUCACGCACAGCAAAUGUUCCUGGAGCUGAUUAAAACACUAUUUAGCAUGCAUUCCUCCACGCAAAGCCUGUGAGUGGCCACUGGUCUGGCACGUAGUCUUCCCUCAGCCCUUUGUACAGAUUGUGACAAGAGGCCAUGUUUCAUUCCGAGAGGUAGGACAGUCGAAAGGAAAGCUUUUCUUUUUUUUUUCUCCUUGUAGAACUCCCAUCACCUUAGCUUGUCUGUGUUUGCCGUAGUUCGACAUUUUGAUUGUGAAUGUUAUUGUGCGCACCUUAGAUGAACCCAGUCGUUGAGUGACAGUUAAUGAUAGACGGUUGAGACGUGCAUGCUAAGAGGCAGCGCCAUAUGAAGACUUUUCUGAAAGCUGCCCUCGUCCGUAGAUUUAACAGUCGACUGGUUUAAGGCGACGACAAAUGAAAUGCACUUUUGAGAGUUACAGUGUUGACGUCAAUGUUAAAAAUGUAUAUUUGUCACAAUGUCACAGCAGAAACAACAAAGAAAGCCAUGCGACACAAACUCAACAUUCUUGGAUGACUAAAUGGUGACUUCAUUUUUUUAAGGUUUAAUUGUUUCUGAGUGUCAAAAUGUUACAGAUUUUCCAGAGCGGGCAUUUCAUACUGUUUUAACUUUUCUACAGUUUCUUAAAGUGUUCUUUGCCGGUGUUUUGUUGUGUAUCAUCAUGUACUCGUCGUAGCUUUUUGACAGUUUUGCUAAACGUCCAAUGAAUCUGCUCAUUUUUGUUGCAACAUUUACGGCCCAACGUGUAAUAAAACUGAAGCAUGA